AUGGCCAUCUCCUCCCCGGGGACCCUGAGUCUGGAGCCACUGGACAGCUCGGACUCUGACCCGGCCCGGUCCCUGGACAAGGAGUCCUGGCAGCCGCCCUGUGAGAUCAUCCUGGACCCAGAUGCAGAGUGCAGUAUGGACGUCAUCCUGGUGGGCUCCAGCGAGCUGUCGUGCCCCCCUUCACCAGGGCUCCGCAGAGAUCUUAUUGCAUAUGAAGUCAAGGUUAACCAGCGAGACAUAGAAGACCUGUGCAUCUGCUGUGGAAGUUUCCAGGUGCAUACCCAGCACCCUCUGUUUGAGGGAGGGAUGUGUGCCCCGUGCAAGGACAAGUUCCUGGACUGCUUCUUCUUGUACGAUGACGACGGGUACCAGUCCUACUGCUCCAUCUGCUGUGCCGGAGAGACUCUGCUCAUCUGCGAAAACCCCGACUGCACCCGGUGCUACUGCUUCGACUGUGUGGACGCCCUGGCAGGCCCAGGGACGGCGGGGACGGUCCAGGCCAUGAGUCACUGGGUGUGCUUUCUUUGCCUGCCCUUCUCCUGCUGCGGGCUGCUGCGGCAGAGGCCCAAGUGGCGCGGGCGGCUGAAGGCCUUGUACGACCAGGAGUCGGAGAGUCCCCUCGAGAUGUAUAAAAUUGUGCCUGUGUGGAAGAGAGAGCCAGUCCGGGUAUUGUCCCUUUUUGGGGAUAUCAGGAAAGAGCUGACGAGUUUGGGCUUUUUGGAAGAUGGUUCUGGCACAGGAAGACUGAAACAUCUCGAUGAUGUCACCAACAUAGUGCGGAGGGACGUGGAGCACUGGGGCCCAUUCGACCUUGUGUACGGCUGCACACUGCCCCCGGGCCAGGCCUGUGACCGCCCACCCGGCUGGCACCUGCUCCAGUUCCACCGCAUCCUGCAGUACGCAAGGCCCCGGCAGGGCCGCCCACAGCCCUUCUUCUGGAUGUUUGUGGACAACCUGCUGUUGAGCAAGGACGACCGCUCAGUUGCCACGCGCUUCCUGGAGACGGACCCGGUGACCAUCCAGGACGCCGUGCUCGUGUGGAGCAACAUCCCGGCGGUGAGGAGCAGGCAUUCGGCCCUGGUGCCUCAGGAGGAAUUGUCCCUGCUGGCCUGGGACAGGCAAAGAGCAAAGUCCCCCACCCCGGGGCCAGCGAAGCUGGUGAAGAAUUGUUUUCUCCCCCUGAGAGAAUAUUUCAAGUAUUUUUCAGUGAACUCACUUCCCCUUUAUAAAUGA